GGUGAGCUGGGGAGUGGAGAGAUAGAUCUGGGUGUCAUCGGCAUAGAGGUGGCCAAUGGAGUGGAGUGUACUGAGGAGGAGCGGGUGGUUGACUGUGUCAAAGGCAGUGGAAAGGUCAAGGAGUAUGAGUAUGGAGUAGUGGCCAUUGGUUGGGAUGAGUAUGAAGUAAUGGCCAUUGGUUGGUAUGAGUAUGGAGUAAUGGCCAUUGGUUGGGAUGAGUAUGGAGUAAUGGCCAUUGGUUGGGAUGAGUAUGGAGUAAUGGCCAUUGGGUUGGGAUGAGUAUGGAGUAAUGGCCGUUGGGGGUGGAUGAGUAUGGAGUAAUGGCCAUUGGUUAGGAUGAGUAUGGAGUAAUGGCCAUUGGUUAGGAUGAGUAUGGA